AUGCUAAAUGUUAAACUACAAGGAUAUGAAAACAAGAUUGAAGAUCAAGAAUACUUAUAUCAACAAGAGGUGCCCAGUGUCCUGCAACAGAUUGAGAACACCAACUCAUCUCUUCCUACGUUUCAAAGAAACUUGACUAUCUGCCACAUAAAGGCAAAACGGCAAUCGAUUCAAGCAACCAAGUGUCGUCUGAAGAAAUACAAUCAGAUUCUUCGUGUGACAGACAAAGCCGGCAUAUUUCAUUUCGGCGAUACCAAAGAUUGCAAGCGAAAAGCAGGCGCUUAUCGGCAAAAAGCGGGAGCUUAUGUUGAAUUAGAGACUAAUCCACUACGGUCAGUCUUCGACAAAGUUGAACUCGCUUAUUUAUACUUCGUUCCAAAACCACAUAAGGAAGAAACUCCACUGCGCCCGAUUGUGUUAUCAAUGAGUAAGCCAACGACUAGCAUUUCUAAAUUUCUUGAUCGAUUACUUCGACCGUUAUUUGAUAAACAUGUUCGUUCAACUACAAUUAUCGAUGGCGUUGAUCUCAUUCGUCGUCUCGAAACAUAUGCGGCAAACGGCUAUUUGAAACCAACAACACAUCUGUGCACAUUCGAUAUCACAGAUUUAUACACAAUAUUACCACAAGAAGAAUCUCUGAAUAUUCUAACCCAAAUUCUCAUGAAACAUGGGUACCGAAAAGUGAGAGGCGUACCAACUGAUGCCAUUCGGAAAUUAGCUCGUCUUGUCAGCACAGAAAAUGUGUUCAUCUAUGAGAAGAAAUUCUAUCGAUAA